CAAAAAUUUUCACAUCCCCACCUUCAAACAUCGAAAUACACGACACCUCUCAUCACAUAUCUGCCAAACUUCAUCAGAUAUCUCAAUAUGGAGGGCAAAACUAUAUACUUGGUCACUGGAGCGAAUAGAGGCAUCGGCUUUGGACUCGUUCAAGCCCUCCUUCUUCGACCCAAUACUAUUGUCAUUGCCACAAUGCGAAAUGUAUCUCAAUCAGAGAAUGGAUUGUCUUCCGUGGAGACUGCGACUGGAAGUCAAUUGAUCGUUCAAGCUUAUUCUCCCGACUCUGACCCAGCGGGCGAGGCGUCGAAGUUGACGACUUCGCUCAAAGCCGAAUGGGGAAUCUCCAAGAUCGAUGUCGUGAUCGCCAAUCUGGGAAUUGGUACCGACUUCCACUCGGGCUUGGACUCGACAUCAGAAUCAAUUCUUAAACACUUUCAGACCAACUCUCUGAGCCCCAUUUUAUUGUUCCAAAAGCUGUAUCCUCUCCUCUCCACGUCCAAUGACCCGAAGUUUAUCCUGAUAUCUUCUUCAUUAGGCUCCAUUGGUGAGAUGGAAGGAGGUGUCCCUAGUCUCGCUUAUGGUAUCAGCAAAGCAGCAGCGAACUACUUUGUCAGAAAAGUGCAUUUCGAGCACGCUCCUAUUACCAGCGUGGCGAUUCACCCAGGAUGGGUCAAGACUGAGAAUGGACAGAACUUCGCAGAUGCAAUCGGAGUAAAGGAGCCACCAAUGACUAUGGAGGAAAGCGUUGAGGGGAUCCUGAAGCAAAUUGACAAUGCGACGAAGCAGACUACUUCUGGAAGCUUCGUUUCUUAUGAUGGAUCAAACAUACAGUGGUGAAACAACUUUGAGGCAUGAACCAAUGUGGAUUGCUCUCCCAGUGAUUAUAGGAAUUGUGGACAAAGAUCGUUCUUGGUUUUUAUGUUAGUGAGCAAGAAGGAUUUGUAUGUUGAUGUCGGGUAGCUUAUUCUAGAGAGGUGUUUCGAAAACGUGGCCUAAUUCUUGCAAACGAAGAAGAAUGAGUACGGCAACC